AUGGCCACCGCACAGGAAGAAUUCAACGAGUUGAUGAGGAAUAAGGAGAGCAGAAGCCGACACCCAGAGGACGACAACGAAGAUGCUCGAUCAUUCCUCAACCUCUCCGACGACGACGACGAUGCCACACCUCCAGCUUCUCACGCAGACUCCGAUGAUGACGAGCCCCGACCCAGCAUGAGCCAGGCCCGUAGCACCAUCCCCCUCACCCGCUACAACGCCAACACCGGCCCAAAAGGAGUCAUCUCGGACGCUCAACACUUUCGCGACUCACGCAGACAGCAUAGAGUCUCUGUCCGCAGCUCGUCGACACUAGCAUCGCACGUACAGAACGGUCUGUCACUGGAAGACCAGGCACAGGCGGAGAAGACGGCAGCAGCAGCAGCAGCAGCAGCGGCGGCGGAAUCUGCUCGGGAUCCUGAGGAAGAACAAGAAGACGAGUUUGAUGAUGACUUCAUGGCACAGUGGCGGAACAGCAGAUUGAGGGAGCUACAACAUCGAGGUGGAAAUCAGCCUCGUAUGCACAACCGUACGCCUAGUCGACGGAUAUAUGGCAGUUUGACGCCGGUAGAUGGGGAAGGGUAUCUAGAUGCGGUGGAUAAGUCGCCUGCGGAUACCGUGGUGAUUGUGUAUAUCUACGAUGAAUACUCCGAAGUCAGUUGUGCAAUCGAAGAGUGUGUACGACAGUUAGCACGACGACAUCUCGAGACUCGCUUCGUAAAGAUGCACUACCUUGAUGCUGAAAUGGAACCAGCGGGCAUUCCAGCAUUACUAGCCUACCGAAGCGGCGACAAAUUUGCUGGAUUGGUGCCUGUGCUUGAUGAAUUACCUGACGAUGCUAGUUUGAACGAUACCACGAUCGAGAGCCUGUUGAGGAGGCGACAGAUCUUGUCAUGA